AUGAAUAACUCAAUGGUGUUAGAAGAAGAGCUAGAUCUCAGUCUAUCGCUCCGGUGUGGGAGUUCCACGCGAACUCCUUCCCCUUUUUUUCUUUACCUUCCCCCAGUAAACCAUUCUCAAACACUUUGCUAUAACCUUGACCCUUCCAUCAUGUUAUUUUCCAGCAACACUUAUCUUUCGUUGGCAUCAUGCACCCAUGACACCAACCCUCCGAAUGCACCUGCUGAAGCGACAGAAAAUGUUUCCACAGUUACACGCUCUCGUCGCACUUCAUCUACUCGUCGGAGCAAAGCAAUGAGCGAAACUGUUCCGGCGUUGUUUCCUUGGGCCAAGAAUCAGCGAGCUAGCAUCCACAGUAAGGAGUAUCUAUCGGAGAAUAAUAUCCACACCAUCAAAGGAAAGGUUCACUGCAAGAGGUGCGAUCAUGAAUUCGAGUUGAGUCUGGAUUUGGAAGAGAAAUUGAAUGACUUAUGCCAAUUUAUUAGCAGAGGAAAGAAUAAGUGGCAUAACAGAGCCCCAAGGGUUUGGAUGAGUCCGGUGUUCCCAAAAUGCCCCCUUUGCGGACGAGAAAGCAGCACAAGACCCAUCAUUGCGAAAAACAAAAAGGAGAUUAAUUGGUUGUUCUUAUUGCUUGGUCAGAUGCUUGGUUGCUGCAAACUUAAUCAUCUCAAAUAUUUCUGCAAGCACAAUGAGAUUCAUCGAACUGGUGCCAAAGAUCGUCUUCUUUAUGAUAUCUAUGAGAACCUCAUUAAUCAACUUGUACCUGAUUUUUCAUCUAAUUCUUGA